AAUGUGAUUUGACGUCGCCGCACUUUCAUCGCGGCCGACGUGAAUUAUGCUAAUAUCAAGCCCGCAGUGUCGUAGUGGAUAUAUCCCAGUCUCGCGUCUCCAAGGUAACUCGAAACAUCGUCUAAACCUGCCGGAAGAGAUUUUGGAAAUAAACGAUAAUACAUUUUUGGAAAAGCAACACGAAGACAUAGUGCGUAAGCAGGAAGAAGCUCAGGUAAAAGAAAGGUUGAUAGAAGACAACGUAGAAAUGAUUAAGGAUGUAAGAGCAACUAGAAGAGACGAGGAAACGGAUGGAAAAGUCGCGACAUUUUUACAAGAGAAAGGUUUGAGUGAAAAUCUUGUCAAGACGUUAAUCAAUACCGGUCUUACGAAUGAACAUGUCAGACUUUUAAAGAAUCUAAAUCUAAGUGACGACGACAUCGACAAUUUGCAAGAUUUAUGGCAGGCAAAGAUCGAAGUCGACAAAAGUAGCGAUUCUCUUAAGUCUACGUCUGACAGUUCAUUGUCUAAUUGUCACGCACAAUUGCCACCAAACAUCUAUUUAAAAAAAGCCGUGAGCAAACCUCUGAUCCAAGCCUUGUGUGAAAUUGUAGCGAAAAAACCGGCUGAUCCUGUGGAGUAUCUAGGCCACUGGUUACUUCAUUAUAAAAUUUGUGAAGAACGAGCUGUACAGCAGAAGCAGAAGGAACGCAAGUUGGAGCUUUCAAUUAGCAUGGAAAAAUUGCAACUGAAAAAAGUUGACGAUGAAGAAGGUCUUUUUAUCGAGCGAAAGGAUGAAGAGGAUCUUUUUAUCGAACGAAAGAACGAAGAAGAAUAUGGCGAGGAUCGAAAUUAUAUCGAUUAUUGAUUAUGAGAUUAUGAAUGACUCAGUUACUGCAAUUAUUUUUAAGUUUUAACGAAAAAAUAAAAAUAGAAACGCGUAAAUUAGAAAUAUAAA